AUGACUAUGAUUGGCAGCGUGAUAAGAUUUGGUAGAAGGCAGCUUCACACAAUCGUCUCAAAAGACAUCAUCAAACCCUCUUCUCCGACCCCUUCUCAUCUCAAAACGUACAAUCUUUCAGUAAUCGAUCAAGGCAUGGUGAACACGUUCAUCCCGUUUGUUACAUUCUAUCCAAACACUGGCCUUUAUCCAAGUUCCCAUGACAAAACACUUACCUUGAAGAAGUCACUAUCUGAAACUUUAACCAAGUAUUACCCUUUUGCUGGUAGGCACACGAAGGUGGCACCAACCUUUGUAGAUUGCAACGACCAUGGAGCCGAGUUCCUUGAAGCUUCCAUUGACAGCACGCUCUCUGAUUUCCUUAAAAACUCACUGCAUCGAGAUCUCGACCAAUUCUUUCCACAUGGUCUCGUAAAUGAAAGAUCCAAUCGUCCAGAUGACGAUGAUCUUCAAAGCAACGGAGUGAUCCCGCUGGCUGUUCAGGUAAACCAUUUUGAAUGUGGAGGAGUCGCAGUAGCUAUGUCGUUGUCCCACAAGUUAGCAGAUGGAAGCAGUUUCACUCAUUUUCUAAAAGACUGGGCUAAAACGACACAGUUUUGUUCCAGAGAGCAGAAGCAUGAACUACUUCCCAACGACAACGAUGACCCUCAGUUUAUUCCUUUUGAACACACGAAUAUAAAUUUUAAAGGGCUUUCUCUUGGAUCCGAUGAAUGCGUUACAAAGAGUUUUAUGUUCCCUAACGCAAAGAUAAACGAGCUUAAACUCAAAAUCAAAGCCAUGAGUGAAGAAUCUGGACAACCCAUCACGAACCCUACUCGUGUUGAAGUUUUGACUUGGCUGCUUUAUAAGUCUGCAGUGACAGCAGCUACAAAAAACAAUUCAGGCUCUGAUUUCAAACCCAUCGGUGUUGGUCAUCAAAUAAACAUAAGAAGCAGACUAAUGGAAAAGUUGCCUGAAAAGAGCAUCGGAAACUUCUUCAUGGUCAUUGAUAUUGUAAGUGAAAUGAAGCCGGAGUCGUUCAUCAGUGAGUUCAGGAAGCAAAAGCUGAAACUUCAAGGCCUACCAAAUAUUCAAACCGCUUUUGGUUAUCUUUUGGGAAUUCCUUUAGAAGAACUACAAAGAGGAUUUGAUAGUGUUUACCUUUGUUCAAGCUUGUGUGGGUAUUCUGCGUAUGAGAUUGAUUUUGGGUGGGGAAAGCCUGUUAAAGCGACCAUGGCUGGAGAUCUAAGGAAGAAUAGCUUUAUUAUGAUGGAUGCUCCAAACAGGGAUGGCAUUGAAGUGCUCGUGUGUUUGGGAAAACGUGAUUUGGCAGUUGUUCAAAGUGACCCUGUGCUUCUUGCCUUUUGUUAG